AUGUCUAUGAUAUUAGCAAAUGUAUGGAAAUAUAGAGUGAGUCAUAAACAUUUUUUUGCUCACAAUAAAUGUACACGAAUUCAAACCAUGUCUAAUGACAGAAAGAGAACUGGAAAAGGAACUGAUUUCAAUGAUGAUGAAGGGGUUUUGAAAAUUACCAUUGGUGAUGUGAAAAAACUUACCAAAGCAUCAAAAACUCCUGAGCUUGUUCCUAUUGAUUAUUUAAACAUAAAUUACAACCAGGAUGCUAUGUCCCACUUACGAUGGAUGCUUCAAAAAGAUAUUCUUGGUCAAGACAUGUUUUUGAUUGGAAAACCUGGGCCUCUCAGACGACGUUUAGCUUUAGCUUAUUUAGAGCUUACUAACAAAUCAGUUGAGUUUGUUUCAUUAUCUCAAGAUACUACUGAAGCUGAUUUGAAACAACGCAGAGAAAUUAUUGGAGGCACUGCAAAGUACAUCAACCAAAGUGCUGUUAAAGCUGCAAUUGAAGGACAUGUAUUAAUUCUUGAUGGAAUUGAAAAAGCAGAACGUAAUGUUUUACCAAUUUUAAACAACUUACUUGAAAACCGAGAAAUUCAUUUAGAGGAUGGUAGAUUUUUAGUAGCACCCAAAACAUAUGAUAAAUUAUUACAAGAACAUGGACCAGAACACAUGAUGAAAUGGAAUCUAGUUCGUGUCAGUGAGGAUUUCUUUGUUAUUGCACUUGGUUUGCCAGUUCCUACGUAUAAUGGCAUUCCUCUAGAUCCUCCUUUACGUUCACGAUUUCAAGCUAGACAUAUCAUGACACCAUCUUAUGCGAACAUGCUAAAUGACCUGACUGCUGAGUACCCAACGGCACCUAAAGACAAGUUGGAAAAAGUUUUGUCCUGCGCUUAUGCUUUGGCGUCACCGGAGUCCAGUGAAUUGGGCUUGCACGAUUUCCCAAUAGAAAACAUCCCUGCCGUCGCUAAACUAAUCUAUAACAACCCGUCCGUGUCGCCAAAUAAUGUGUUCAAACGACUCUAUCCAUAUGAAAGCUUUAUGAAUCCGGACGGAAAACGUUCCGUAAACAAUAUACUGUCCUCUCUCUGUCCAGAAAACGAUGACGAACCAAUCAAUCGACACGUCGUGUCCGUCGGAGGACCGAACAUCCAAAACGAGGCCGAAGUUGUGCUAGACAAUUCCGAACGUUUUACGGCACCGUCAGGAAACGUGACUUCCCCAAACGUCGCUGCGUUAUUUCCAAAUUUCGUAGACACUGGCUAUCAAAACGCUGUACUGUCGGAUCUGGCGCUCAGUCAUUCGGUAGCCGACAUAUGCAUUAUUGGACCAAGAGGCAGUGGUAAGACAGCAAUCGUGAAUAGAUUUGCGACCACAUUUCAUUACAACGUGGAAACCGUUUCUCUGUAUCAGGAUUUAACAGCAAGAGAUUUAAUCCAACAAAGAACCACAUUAUCAAACGGUGACACUGUUUGGAAGUAUAGUCCGUUAGUGGUUGCUGCCAUCGAGGGAAAAUUAGCCGUCCUUGACGGCCUUCAUAGACUGCAUUCAUCGACGUUAUCUGUUUUACAUAGACUUGUUCAAGAUCGAGAUCUUCAACUUUAUGAUGGUACUAGAUUGUUAAGAUCAGACAGAUAUGACAAACUGGCAAAAAAAUUAGGAGAAGAUGUUAUGAAAAAAUCAAAUAUUAUUCGCAUACAUCCAGCUUUCAGAAUUAUGGCGCUUGCUGAACCACCUGGUGGUACCAUUCCUCAAUGGAUCACUCCUGAAGUACUAAAUAUGUUCAUAUUUCACGAACUUAGACCUUUGUCCGCUGUAGAGGAACUGAAAAUUGUGCAGCAUCUUUAUCCAAAUAGUGUAAAACCAAUGAAAAGACUAGUUGCUGUUACAAAAAAACUCCGAGAAUCAACUGAUAUUUAUUUAAAUUCUUUGGCGCCAUCUUUAUCUACACGCCAAUUAUUACGAAUCUCAAAAAGACUUGACAAAUAUCCUGAUUCAGACUUUUAUAGUAUUGUUAACAAAGCUUGUUUAUCUCAAUUUUUACCACAACUAACAAAACAAAUGCUCGAAAAAACAUUAUACAGUUGCAGUAUUCAACCAAUAUUUGAAAAUGUACAGGACUCUCCAAUAAACUGUAAAUAUGACAAUGACAACUUAACUAUUGGUGAAACAACUAUUGCUCGAUAUAAAACUAGCGCAUCUAGUAAAGUACCAAAUAUUUUAUUCUACGAUUUACCUCAACAUCUAAAACAACUAGAAAUUAUGCUACAAGACUUUGUUUUGGGAGAACAUCUUUUGUUAGUUGGAAACCAAGGCGUCGGCAAAAACAAACUAGUUGACCGAUUUUUACAAUUAGUAAAUAGGCCUAGAGAAUAUAUUCAACUCCAUAGGGAUACUACAGUACAAUCGUUGACUAGUCAACAAACAGUAAUUGAUGGUGUAUUACAAAUUGAAGAUUCACCAUUAGUUAAAGCUGUUAAGGGUGGUUAUGUUUUAGUUAUAGAUGAAGCUGACAAAGCACCAGCUCAUGUGACAUGUGUAUUAAAAAAUCUUGUAGAAACUGGCAACAUGAGACUGGCUGAUGGUAGACAAAUUAUCAGUAAUGCUAAUAUUGUAAAUGACGACAAUGUGAUUAUUCUUCAUCCAGACUUUCGAAUGAUAGUUUUAGCGAAUCGACCAGGAUUCCCAUUUUUGGGAAAUAAUCUAUUUAGCACACUUGGUGAUGUAUUUAGUUGUCACGUUGUUGACAAUCCUAGUCGUGAAUCUGAAACACAGUUAUUGAAAAGCUAUGGACCUGAUGUUUCUCCAGAAGUUAUUGAUCAAGUAAUUUCUGCUUUUGGAGAUCUGAGACAACUAUUUGAUCAAAACUUAGUCUCAUAUCCAUAUUCCACUAGAGAAGCAGUUAAUAUAAUCAAACAUUUGCAAAUUUAUCCCCAAGAUACGUUAUUAGAUGCAAUUAGAAAUGUAUUUGAUUUUGACUGUUUUUCCAAAGAAGCACAAGAAGUGAUCACAAAUGUUCUCAACAAACAUAAAUUACCAAUAAAACUAUCACCUUGGGCAGGUCCAACUCAAAAAAAAAAUCUACAAAUCACUGUGGAAAAAGAAAGUGGUCUUGAUGUUUCUAGCCCAAAACAUGGUAAAGUAGAUGAAAAAAACGAACCUCAUGUAGGUGGAAACACAUGGGCUGGUGGUACUGGUGGCAGAGACACAGCUGGACUAGGUGGAAAAGGAGGUCCUUAUAGGUUAGAUGCAAAACAUAAAGUUUUUCAAGUGUCUGAUGCAGAAAAAGAUGCUGUACCAGAACAUAUCAAAGAAGCAGCAAGACAAAUGGGUCAAAAGGCAUAUAAAGAACGUCUCAAGGAAAUAGAAAUGACUGAGUAUGAUGACAAAAUAUAUAAUGAAUAUUCUUUACCAGUAAAAAAUCAAGUGCAGGCAUUGAGAGUGAUACUGAAUUCGUUACAAGCCAAAUCCCAAGAAAGACAAUGGGUUAAGCAUCAAACAUCUGGUGAACUGGAUGAUAGUAAAUUAAUAGAAGGUGUUAUUGGCGAACGUUCUAUUUAUCGGAAAAGGGGUAAUGUUGACCCACAAAUUGGAGCUCCUCAGUUAAAACCAAAACGUUUGAGGUUUAUCGUGGAUGUUUCUGGCAGUAUGUAUAGAUUUAACAACUAUGAUGGACGUUUAGAUCGUGAACUUGAAGCUGUCAUAAUGGUGAUGGAAGCACUUAGUGGUUUUGAAGACAAAAUUAGUUAUGAUAUUGUUGGACAUUCAGGCGAGACUGAAUGCCUUAAAUUUGUAGAUAAAUCAAAUCCGCCUACAGACAAUAAACAACGAUUAAAUGUUAUUAGAAAGAUGCAUGCUCAUACUCAAUUCUGUAUGGCUGGUGAUAAUACUCUUCAAUCUGUUGUGUACGCACAAAAAACCUUGGAAGCUGAACGCAGUGAUUUUGAUGAAGCUAUAAUUAUAUUAUUAUCAGAUGCUAACUUAUCCCGAUACAAUAUUAGACCGGAUAGAUUGGCUGCUGCACUUAAUCUGAGUGAAGAUGUUCAAUCUUUUGCAAUUUUCAUUGGAUCACUUGGUGAUCAAGCUGACGUGUUAACUAAAAGCUUACCAGCGGGUAAAAGUUUUGUAUGUAUGGACCUCAAAAACAUCCCACAAAUCAUUCAACAAAUUUUCAUGUCUUCUAUUAUGAGUGUUUUUUAA